ACCUUGCAUUUGCACCGCAAACGUGUUCAUAGUUUGUUCAUUUUCUAUGCAUAACAGCUAAUUUACUAUUCUUUCCAGCGAAUUAGUUGCUCUCAAGAUAUAUAGCCCUUUUUGGCUUCAUAACUAGCCUAUAUAAACACAUCUCAAUUAUGGAGUUCUUUGCCUCUGGCCAUCACCUUUGGCCCUUUUUAAAGUACCUUCUUGCUCACCCUUUAUUUUAUUUUAUUUUUAUUUUUUAAUCAUCAAAUUCUUGCAGAUUCUUGAUAUUUCAUUUCUGCUGUGAUGGCCAAGCAAUUAGAAGUACGCUGGUUGGUGUUUGUUCUAUUAGCUGUUACAAACCUGCAAUGUUGUGUUUUUGGAAAGCAGCAGCAGCAACAAGAAAAUGUUCCUUGUUAUUUCAUUUUUGGAGACUCGUUCGCAGUUAAUGGCAAUGAUAAUGGCCUUGAUGCUUAUAAAGCCAAUUACUUGCCAUAUGGGAUUGAUUUUCCUGCUGGUCCUACAGGAAGGUUCAGCAAUGGCAAAACCAUGGUUGAUGUACUUGCUGAGAAAGUUGGGUUGAAGGAUUACAUCCCACCUUUCAGAAAAGUUGGUAAUGGCUCAGAAAUUCUCAAAGGUGUAAAUUAUGCAUCUGGUGGAGCAAUUAUGCAACAGGAAACUGCGGGAAGCAAGGUCACUUCCAUUAGCAUCAGCCAACAAAUAAAAUUCCACAGGAAAAUAGUCCGACGCAUUGGCAAUAUAUUAGGCAGCAAAAACAAGACUAACGAUUACCUCCAGAAAUGCUUAUAUAGUGUUGGGAUAGGCAGCAAUGAUUAUUUGGUAGACUACUACACCCCCUUGAACAACGGGUCAGAACCAACCCGAAAAUUUCCAUCAGAGGCAUACGCAGAGGAACUUGUAGAUGGUUACUUGUUCAAUCACUUGAAUAAUCUGUACAGAUCUGGAGCCAGGAAAAUUGCUAUAUUUGGGCUAGGGCCGUUGGGAUGCAGCCCAGCUGUAGUGAAAAUUUAUGCUACAAAUCAACAUUGUAUAUCUGUGAUUGACACAGAUAUCCAUAUCUUCAACAGCAGGAUUAGUAUGGUAGUUGACAGGUUUAACAAGAACUACAAGAAUGCAAAGUUCACCUAUAUAAACAUCUAUGAUCUAACUUCAACGAACGUUCUUCCAGGUUUCAAGCAGACACAAGUUCCUUGCUGCGAAACAGACUACGAUGGAGCGUGUUAUCCUAAAACAACCAGAUGCCAGAACGUAAAUGAUUACUUUUACUGGGAUGGGUACCGGCCGACCGAGGCAGCAAAUAUAAUCCUGGCAAAUCUAGCAUAUAAUGCCUCUGUUCCAGAGAAUGCUCACCCUUACAAUAUCCAACAGUUGAUUGCAUAGACCACCAGCAAGGCACAUUAAUCAAUUUAUAUUAUGCAAAUUGGUGAUGGAAAUUAAGUCUCAAUGUACCCUUUUGAUCAAUGUUGCGUUACUCUGUUGCUGCGGCAUAUUGUUCACUUAUACAAUUGUGUAUGAUUCUGCAUUAAUUAUUCUACUAAUGAAUCAAAUAGCCAGAGCUUAAACUAUC